AUGCCGUGGCGCAUCUUCCGCGAUGAUAUGAGGAUUGUGAACGAGGAUGAGGUCAAAUCAAUGCUAUCCCUCGGGUCCCAACGCACAAAACUCUCGAAUAUGGGCAGCAGUAUGGUGAAGCAUCACGCGAUUAUUGGAGUCAAUACGCACGCCACCUACCAUAU